AUGUCCUCCUCCUCCUUAGACUACCCAGAGAUGAAAGAGAUGUUCACGAGGAAUGCGGCGUGGUCCAAGGGGAUAUGGAAGCGGGAUCCAGGCUUCUUCCCGAAGCAUUAUCCUGGACAACGUCCCGAGAUUCUCUGGAUAGGGUUCCCUCCCCGACCUGCUUUCGGCGUCCUCUUGGUCUUUGAUCGAGCACACCUCUCCGAUCAUGGUCCGAUCAGCUGCCAGGCUCGGACGCCCGAGUGCCAGAAACAACCCUCCUGGGCUGUCAACCAGGAGACAUCUUCGUACACCGGAAUGUCGCCAAGUGAGGUCCACCACCCUGCCUCAUCGGACGUUCACCUAUCAUCCGCAAGACGUACCAUCAACGCCGUCAUGAUGAUCGCUCUGCAGAAUUUCAAAGUCAAGCAUAUUGUCGUAACCGGCCACUCCAACUGCGUCGGCUGCAACUCCGCACUCAACAUGUCCCGCCUCCCCCCCGUUCCCGCCACAACACCCCUCCAGCGCUUCCUCGGCCAUACAGCGACGCUCGCGCGCACGCUGGCGACAGAGAGUGGACCGCCGUCGCUGGAUCUGCUUAUUGAGGAGAAUGUGGCGCAGCAGGUCCGGAAUCUGCUCGAGUCGGAUAUCAUCAAGCAGGACUGGAAGCGACGCGGUCCGGACGGAGUGACGAUUCACGGCUGGGUAUAUCAGCUCGAAGACGGAACGAUCCGGGAUGUCAACGUAUCGCAAGGUCCACCAGGGCAGGUGAUUGGCAAGAAGGCGGAUGUGUGGUAG